UGCUGUUCUGCGGAUCGCGCUUUGUGGGCGCUGCGCGCGGCGGAGACCGACCCGGCGCCGGCUGCAUCCCCGAGGCGACAGCGGCGGACUGCUCAUCCCACAUCAUGCUUCUCCCCGCCAGGAGUGGAAAGUGUGCAACAUGCAGCAGCUAAGAGCCCGCGUCCCCCGAAAGCGAGCCCGAUUGUGUUGGGGAGGAGGAGGAAGAAAAGGGAGAGCAUGAAGGUGGAAGGCGACCGUUUCCACGGCCAGUGCUAGAGGGAGACAUAGAUCUCUGCAUCCCCCGUGGCUCCGCUUUGCGCUUUCGGAGGGGUCGGUGGGAGAGAGGAGAUCGUCAGGGGGUGGCCGAGGGACGGAAUAACGGAGCGGGCGACCCUCGCGGAGCGCCGGUCGCUUUUGAGCCGAGCCGACUGAGAGAGAGGGGUGGACGGAUCUCCCCGCCCCCCUUCCCCGAGGAAGGGCCACCGCCAUGGGCAACGCGGGGAGCAUGGACUCUCAGCAGACGGACUUCAGGGCGCACAAUAUGCCGCUCAAGCUGCCGAUGCCCGAGCCCGGGGAGCUGGAGGAGAGAUUCGCCGUGGUCUUGAAUGCAAUGAACUUGCCUCCUGACAAAGCAAGGCUGCUCCGGCAGUAUGAUAAUGAGAAGAAAUGGGAGCUGAUCUGUGAUCAGGAAAGAUUUCAGGUGAAGAAUCCUCCACACACUUAUAUCCAGAAAUUAAAAGGCUAUCUCGAUCCAGCAGUAACUCGGAAGAAAUUUAGGAGGAGAGUUCAAGAAUCUACCCAAGUAUUACGAGAGCUAGAAAUUUCUUUAAGAACCAAUCACAUUGGAUGGGUCCGGGAGUUUUUAAAUGAGGAGAACAAAGGCCUGGAUGUCUUGGUGGAGUAUUUGUCAUUUGCACAGUAUGCCGUCACAUUUGACUUUGAAAGCUUGGAAAACAAUAUGGAAAAUUCAGUAGACAAGUCUAAACCUUGGAGCCGAUCCAUUGAAGAUCUACAUCGAGGAAGUAAUUUGCCCUCUCCUGUUGGCAACAGUAUUUCUCGCUCUGGCAGACAUUCUACUCUACGGUAUAACACGUUGCCAAGCAGAAGAACACUUAAAAAUUCACGAUUAGUGAGUAAAAAGGAUGAUGUCCAUGUCUGCAUCAUGUGUUUGCGGGCCAUAAUGAAUUACCAGUACGGAUUCAAUAUGGUCAUGUCCCACCCCCACGCUGUUAAUGAAAUUGCACUAAGCCUGAACAACAAGAACUCCAGGACAAAGGCACUGGUCUUAGAACUCUUAGCAGCUGUUUGUCUUGUAAGAGGAGGACACGAAAUUAUUUUGUCUGCAUUUGAUAAUUUUAAAGAGGUUUGUGGAGAAAAGCAGCGGUUUGAGAAACUGAUGGAACAUUUUCGAAAUGAAGAUAACAAUAUAGAUUUCAUGGUGGCAUGCAUGCAGUUCAUUAACAUAGUGGUUCACUCUGUGGAAGACAUGAAUUUCAGAGUUCACCUCCAAUAUGAAUUUACAAAACUAGGCCUGGAUGAAUAUCUGGAUAAGCUAAAGCACACAGAGAGUGAUAAGCUGCAGGUGCAGAUUCAAGCUUAUUUGGACAAUGUGUUUGACGUGGGAGCUUUGCUGGAAGACGCUGAGACGAAGAAUGCUGCCUUGGAAAGAGUGGAAGAACUGGAGGAAAAUAUAUCUCACUUAUCAGAAAAACUUCAAGACACAGAAAAUGAAGCUAUGGCAAAGAUUGUGGAACUGGAAAAACAGCUUAUGCAGAGAAACAAAGAACUGGAUGUUGUUCGAGAAAUUUACAAAGAUGCAAAUACACAGGUCCACACACUGAGGAAAAUGGUCAAAGAGAAAGAGGAGGCCAUUCAACGGCAGUCGACACUGGAGAAAAAGAUCCAUGAACUGGAGAAGCAAGGGUCUAUUAAAAUUCAGAAGAAAGGAGAUGGUGAUAUCUCCAUUCUUCCCAUUGGGGUGGCUUCUGGGACAUCACCCUCAGGGUCAGAAGCUACUGCUGGCACAUGUAUCGGGUCAGUUUCUGGCCCUGUGCCUUCAGUUGCAUUGCCACCUCCUCCACCACCUUUGCCACUCUCCACAGCAGAAUCAGAAGCAGUACAAAACGGUCCUGUGACAGCACCGGUGCCUCCACCACCGCCUCCACCUCCUCCUCCGCCUCCUCCGCCUCCUCUUCCUGGUCCAGCCACAGAACCAGUACCAGCUCCCCCAGUGCCUCCCCCACCCCCACCAUCAGCACCGCCUCUUCCAGGAACAGCCUCCCCUACGGUAGUUUUCAACUCAGGAUUAGCAGCUGUGAAAAUCAAGAAGCCAAUUAAGACAAAAUUCCGCAUGCCAGUAUUUAACUGGGUGGCUCUAAAGCCCAAUCAAAUUAAUGGGACAGUCUUCAAUGAAAUUGAUGAUGAAAGGAUUUUAGAGGAUUUAAAUGUGGACGAAUUUGAAGAAAUAUUCAAGACAAAAGCCCAGGGUCCAGCCAUUGAGCUUUCUUCAAGCAAGCAAAUAACUCAAAAAGGAUCCAACAAAGUAACAUUAUUGGAAGCUAACAGGGCGAAAAAUCUUGCCAUCACCUUAAGAAAAGCUGGGAAGACAGCAGAUGAAAUAUGCAAAGCUAUUCAAGCAUUUGAUCUGAAGACCUUGCCGGUUGAUUUUGUUGAAUGCUUGAUGAGGUUCUUGCCCACUGAAAAUGAAGUGAAAAUGUUGCGGCUCUAUGAACGGGAGAGGAAACCCCUUGAGAAUCUGUCAGACGAGGAUCGGUUCAUGAUGCAGUUCAGCAAGAUUGAGAGGCUGAUGCAGAAGAUGACCAUCAUGGCAUUCGUUGGCAACUUUGCAGAAAGCAUCCAGAUGCUGACUCCACAACUCCAUGCAAUAAUUGCAGCAUCUGUCUCGAUAAAGUCAUCCCAGAAGCUCAAGAAAAUAUUAGAAAUAAUCUUGGCUCUGGGUAACUAUAUGAACAGCAGUAAAAGAGGGGCUGUUUAUGGGUUUAAACUACAGAGUUUAGAUCUGCUACUGGACACAAAAUCAACAGACAGAAAACAAACCCUUUUGCACUAUAUAUCAAACGUUGUGAAAGAGAAGUACCAGCAAGUAUCACUUUUUUACAAUGAACUUCACUACGUGGAGAAAGCUGCUGCAGUAUCCCUUGAAAAUGUUCUGUUGGAUGUAAAAGAACUCCAAAGAGGUCUGGACCUAACAAAGCGCGAGUACACCAUGCAUGACCACAAUACCAUGCUAAAGGAAUUCAUUCAGAACAACGAAGGGAAGCUAAAAAAGUUACAAGAUGAUGCAAAGAUAGCCCAGGAUGCCUUUGAUGAUGCUGUGAAAUACUUUGGAGAAAAUCCCAAGACGACGCCCCCAUCAGUCUUCUUCCCUGUGUUUGUGCGAUUUGUGAAAGCUUACAAACAAGCAGAAGAGGAGAAUGAGUUAAGAAAAAAGCAAGAACAGGCACUAAUGGAAAAGCUUCUGGAGCAGGAAGCACUGAUGGAGCAGCAAGACCAAAAGUCUCCUUCCCAUAAAACAAAGAGGCAGCAGCAAGAGCUGAUUGCAGAGCUAAGACGGCGCCAAGUCAAGGACAAUAGACAUGUGUAUGAGGGGAAAGAUGGGGCCAUUGAAGAUAUCAUCACAGCCCUAAAGAAGAAUAAUAUCACUAAAUUUCCAAAUGUUCACUCGAGGAUCUUAGAAACCAGCCCUACAGACGAGCCGAUGCGGUGAGAAGAAGCGUGAGGCGCCGUUUCGAUGAUCAGAACUUGCGCUCUCUCAAUGGUGCCGAAAUAGCUAUGUGAGCUGGAUUGGGGACACCUACAUCUGUAAACAGUGUGGUUGACUGAAACCUUUGCAGUGGGACCUAUUAUGCGCACUACCAUUUUAAUUACGGCCUUGAUCACAGUACAUUAACUUUACUUCUGAAGGGCUCACUAAUGCCAGAAAAUGCAUAGGAAUGCAGAAGAAAAAGAGAGAAAGAUGGGCUCUCUACUCAACUGUAGCUACCAAGUGCCUGAAUUUUGAAUUAUCUACUCAAAUUAAUCAAAGCAAUAGGACGUUGUUUGAUUGGGUUUCUUUUUACACCAAUACAUGUGUUCAGUAUUCGUAACCAAAAUGUAAAAUACAUGUUGUAUUUUGUUGUUGUUACAUACAAUUUAAUGAAGGGUCUUCAGGGGGCCUUCUUAAUUUCAUGAUUGGUUGUAUAUAGAUACUACUACUGUGGACUUUUUUAUGAUUUUCAGUACAUUCCUAAAUGGUCUAAAGGAGUUAUUUUCAACUUUAGCUGCACAUUAGCUUUAUAUAUGCAUACAUAGGUAUAUGCAUACAUAAGGGCUUGUUGUAUGUAAAGGGGAAACCCAAUAAAAUACAUUGUACUCUUUCAACAUUUCACUUGUCUUAAGGAUGUGGGAAGUAUCCAUAAAACUGAAGCAGUGGCACAUGCAACAACAGCUUCUAAAGGGUUACGGUUAAUUGGGAUAACCAAGUCUUUGUUUUCUGCUGUAAAUAGGUAAUACGAGGUUGAUAUCACAUACAAACGGCCUGUGUUCAGAUUCUGCCCAUUAUACACUGAAGGAUAAGUGAAGCAAGUCAGGAGGCAUAGCUCAGUGUUUUAACAGUGCAGACAGAAAAAUAUGCCGUUCUUCAAGUAGAGGCAGCUUUCUGAAAACUUAUUUAUUAAUUAGCACUAAGGUAUUAAUGUCUCAAUAAUCAGUAUUAGAACAACUGUCCAACUUCACUUUCUGGAGCAGUGGAAAGCUGGUGCCCUGCUAAGCCAAUUAGGAUACCCUUCAUGAAGAACAAUUUUACAUCUGCAUUCUGCACAAACGGAAGUUCAGUAAUUUGCACGAGAUGGGACCAUGAUUCAAAAGCUCUACCAACUAAAGGGCAUACUGGUGAAUUCAUCAGCACAUUGAUUCUCUUAAAACAGAUAUACAUGAAAAAGCAGGCUUCCAUGCGCCUAACUGGAACUGAGUGUAAACUGUAUGCACAGACAAGUGCAAUCUGGGAUCAUAUAGCGUCAAUGUGUUGUUUUCAGUAGUCUGCACAUUGCCAUCCAAUUUUGGAUGUGUAUCGCUUGCAUACGCAGAUCUCCUCUGGAUUUGGCUUACAUAACCUCUGAAACCAUUAGGACACUUAAAACUGUUUAAGCUAUGAAUGGUAGCAGCUGUAGAUCAAUACGUUGCUACAACGGCAGGGCACUUGGUUUAUUCUGAAGUCAAAAACUGGACUCACGGUAUCUUGCUUACAGCAUACCUUGCCUGGUAGCACUGCAUCUCUAUGUUAAUUGUAAAAAAGUAUUGUAUAGUAUUUAACCACUGAUCUUAUUUUGCUUUUAUGUUGUGCUUAUGUGAACCACUGGUAAACCAUAUUCCUUUGAUAAUAUGUAGUUAUAUGAUAAUCUGUUUUUAAAUGUACAGAUAUUUUGCUACAGAAUUGGUGCUUUUUUAUGGUUUUUACAAUUCUCUUUAAUUCCCACUGUAGCCUCUGGGUAAUAUUGUAAAUAUUGUUUAAAAAUGCAUCAGCCUGUGCUAUACAAUCUGAAUGUUAUUUUAACUUAUAGUUUUGUUUUUUAUAUUUAACUAAAUGGACAGUUUGGGGCUGAAAAGUUACUAUGUUGACCUUUGCUUACCUAUUCACAGAAAGUUUAUUACUGCCAAUCGCGCUCUUGCUUUACAGCAAUGUACACUUGACAUGCUAAAGAGAACAUGCCAAGAUGGCACCUUUUUCUUCUGCUGGAAGAUGACUAUUGAUUGCAAUACAAAUUAAUAGGGAUAAUAUAAUUUAAUGAGAAACAACUGCACAAACAUUAAAUAUAUAAAAAAGGAUUUAAAAUAUGAACAAGUGGGCUGUAAUGUUGGCAUGUUCUCCUCAAUAUUUUAUCUAGUAAUAGAUCUGCUUCUUAGCAAUAUUAUAGGUGUUUUAUAAAAGCAGUUCAUGUUAAUUUUCUGAUCUGUUCAUGGCAUAUGAUUGAAUAAACUAUUUACACUACUA